CAUCAGCGCAUACGAAUGAACCGCUGCAAAGACGCCGUCGAAAUCCGCAAACAUCGGAGCUGCGGACCCGAACAAGGUGAGAAGAAGGAGAACUCCAUGAAGGAGUUGCGCAUCCGCAAGCUCUGCCUGAACAUCUGCGUGGGGGAAAGCGGCGACAGGCUGACCCGAGCCGCGAAAGUGUUAGAGCAGCUUACAGGACAGACUCCCGUCUUCUCCAAGGCUCGCUACACCGUGAGAUCGUUCGGCAUCCGCAGAAACGAGAAGAUUGCCGUGCACUGCACCGUCCGCGGUGCCAAAGCUGAGGAGAUCUUGGAGAAAGGACUCAGGGUGCGUGAGUACGAGCUCAGAAAAAACAACUUCUCCGACACCGGAAACUUUGGCUUUGGCAUCCAGGAGCACAUCGAUCUGGGUAUCAAGUACGACCCCAGCAUUGGCAUCUACGGACUCGACUUUUACGUGGUUCUGGGGCGACCGGGUUUCAGCAUCGCUGACAAGAAGCGGAAACGCGGCCGCAUCGGCUUCAAGCACCGCAUCCGCAAAGAGGAGUCCAUGCGCUGGUUCCAGCAGAAAUACGAUGGCAUCAUCCUCCCUGGCAAGUAAAGGACCACCUGGAACAUCUUUGUAAGAAAGAAAUAAAAAUUAGAAAAGA